AUGCUUCGAGCCAAGCUUUUCAACCGCGCUGGAACACCUUGGGAGGGAGAUUCCUCGUCUCUUAAGUAUACCACAAUCCAGGUGUAUGAGAACUGGCCUAUGCGUGUCGAUAAUGUGGCCCCUGUAGAGUCGAUGGAUAGUCCAAUCAAGUACUCUGAAGAAGAGAUAAAACAGUGCACAAAAGACCAUGACCAUGAAGAAGGGAAGCUGCAAGAGUUGGCCGAAAUGAAAGACAUCAUAGGUAUAGAUGCACUUAGCUGUGUCCCAGCUAAUCAGCAGCUUGAGAAAUCAAAAGCUAUCAUACGAAAAUUCAAGGAGGGCUUUAUGGAACCCUCUGAGACUGAAAUCGAGCGAACUGCAGUACAAUCUCAUUUUCCUUUUGAUGAUCAUAAUGAGAGUGUUUGA